AUCCAUUGAAUGUCAGUACUGCAUUUGCAAAUGCUGAAUUUUCAGAGCCAAUCCAGUAAAGAGAGUAAUCUUCCAUCUUGCUUCCUUUGGGUAGACUCCAGAUCAGACCUCCAAUGCUACCAGUAAAACCAGAUGUGACACCCUCACAACUAGUAUCACAAUCACAGUCUGGUCUCAGGUUCUCAGAAUUUUCACAUAGCUUUGGGGGAUCGGUUACUCGAGAUGCAACAUCAGCAAAGUGAUAUUCACAAGAUGAGGUGGACGCAUUUAAGGAUGAUAAUACUGAAACAACUACAUCCUGGAUAUGUGAGAUGGCAUGUGCAUACUCUAGGCCAUAAAGUACCUGCAUCAGGAAUGAGAACAACACCCGCGAAUAUUAAGGAACAAUUUUUUGUUGAAUUUGAAGCUAAUUAGUUGUACGUGUGAGGGC